UCACACUUCAAUCCGUAUGCACGUCGGGUCUGUCCGACCUCUACGAUCACAUCCAUCCGGGAACGACUCGUAGCACAGACCGAUCAGCGACAACUGUGUAGCUGAACAUGGCUGCAAGCAUGCUGCGCCUGACUAUGUGCCGAGGAACAUCUUUCGGUACUUUUCAAGCACGAGCCUUCUUUUCAACUGUGUCCAAGAAGCAGCUGCCCGUGGUUUCGUCAGUGUCUCAUAAACUUGCUCCAUAUAAUCCUCAGGUUACAGCGGUACGGCUGGCUUCCGCAGACGCGAACUACGUGAAUAUCUGGAAGGCGGAGCGUAUUCUCGCCGCGUCUAUGCUCGCUAUCGUUCCUGGGGCUUUCAUGUUCCCCAAUCCAGUGAUGGAUUGCCUCCUUGCAAUAUCCGCCACCGUGCACAUGCACUGGGGCGUUGAAACAAUCGUGGUGGACUAUAUUCGACCUGCCCUGUUUGGCAACUUCAUCCCCAAAGUUGCAGUUGGAGCUGUUUAUGCUCUCACCAUCGCUGCGCUCACGGGCCUUUUUUACUUCAACUUCACAGACGUGGGUAUUGUCAAAGCCAUUCAGAUGCUCUGGACCGUGUGAUCAACUAGGCAGGAACAGCAGUCAAGCCUUCUUCGACAAAUAAAGGCAGUUGGGAUGUUAA